AUGUCUACCAUUAGAGUUGGCCUAACUCUCAUGCUUUCGAUAGCAACAUUCCUCCUGCUCGUCCUUGCCUCUCAAGGCACUGCAGCCGAGGAUUUCCAUACGUGGUGUAAAAAGACAACCCACAGUGCCAAAUGUAUUGAUGUGAUCUCCGCCGAUCCUCGAAGCAAUUUGAAGACUAGUCCUAGUGGCUUUUGCACCAUACUCAACGACAAGGCCAAAGCAAUUGCUGCUGGGACCUCUUCAAAAAUCUCAAGUCUUCUAAGAACCACCACAGAUCCUCUUCUCAAACGUGCUCUCGGAGCAUGUUCUGAUUUAUAUGAUGGAGUCAACUCUAGAUUGGACCAAGAUUUUUCAAUGCUAAAUCAUGAAAACUAUUCAAACCUUGCCAUAGCACUCACAGGCGCCUUCGAUGACGCUACGGAAUGUGAAGAUGCAUUAAAUGACCCCAAGCCACUUGAACCUUCAUUGACGCCAGAAAUACAAAAUGUUGCUGAUAUAGUUGAAAUUACCUUAGCUGUUCUAAAUCUUAAUGAGUGCCACAAAACCGCUGCUUGUAUUGGAUAG